UGGAAGGUGGGUGGCAUGUUAAAGGCCUGGGACGAAGCAACCAAGCAUCAACGCAAGGCGCUGUUAGAUGAGUUUGCAGGGAGGUACCGCGACGCGCACAUGUUUGAAACGACAGUCGACUUGGAUGAGGACUUGGGGUCGUCCGCUGGGUUGUACCUGUCGCGCAUCGUGUCUUGGCUGCGCCUCAACUGCACCGACGGCGACGGGUUGACGCAGCACAUCCACGCCGUGGCGGUCUUUCUCCGCGGCCAUUACGUCCAAGAGUUUGUCGAGAUGGAAGGAGUGCCCGUGCUUCUGUAUGUGCUGUCAUUUCCCACGCACGCGGUGACCGAUGCCGACUGCGCGGCCGUGAUUCACCUGCUGCAGACCCUGGGGCGGUGUGGUCGAUCUUUCAAAGAGUACAUUAGCCAUUGCGGCGGCGAGCGAAGUGUCGUUCAGUGUUGCAUCGCUCGAAGUCCCCGCGUGUCGUGCGACAGCGAGCUGUUGUUGACAAGUCACGCGAUGCUGCUGGAGCAAUGCAGUGGUAACCCCAACUCCACCACCGCCACGUUUGCAGCCCUACACUUGCUGCUCGACAGCAACCACGUCAGCUUGGUGCGCAUGGCGUCUCAGAUUGUUUGCGAGCUCGUGUCCACCAAGUCUCCGCAUUACGACGCCCGCGUGAUCGAGCGCAUCUGGGACCUCGUGCCCACUGCGAUCACACUGUUGGGUAACGAUAGCGUCAAAGUGCAGUAUGACGCUCUUGAGCUCGUGCACAUUUUGCUGCACGAUUCGUCCAACCAUCAUGCCUUGUGCACCGAGCUACUACGAUGGCUCCGCGACGCUGCAGUGAAACCGUACGGUGCCAUAGCGUCGUCUGCUGUUGACACUAACGACCACAUCCUCAGAGACCACAACCUCCCCAAGACGGCCGAUGAGUUCUACGAAGUCGAGUGCUUCAUGCAUGCGAAAUCGCACGUGGUGCGCAUUUGCCACUGCCUCGACAGCAUUCUCCUGCACUGCCCGCCGUUUGCCGCCACGAUUAUUGGGCUCCACGGCGUGGACGCGCUCGUGUACGUCGUCUUGGCGUCCACCGAAGGCUCUGUCAAGUGGCAGGCGGCGUGCUUUACGCUGUUGCGUCUCUGUGUCACCCACGAGGGUACUUAUGGUGUGUUGGCGGAAACGUGUCAGCACUCGACGUCGUUUGUUCGAGACAUCCUCUCGGACACCGCGCAGCUGACGACGACGAAAGACACGCACGAGAUCGAGUUGGACACGUGCAUGGAGAUGCUCGUGGGGGAUGCCGCGCACCAAAGUACCAUUUGGAGGCAUCUCUACAAUCAAAAGUGGCCGCUCAGGCCCGUGGUGAUGCUCGAACGAGAUGACGAGUACGACGACCACACACUGGAAACCCUCGCGGCCCAAGUUGAAGCGACCAUCACUCCUGUUCGCCAAGACUUUGCCUUCGAGGACGGACUGCUCGCAGACGAGACAUCGCCGCCGCAGCAUGGCGACCACUAUUACAUUCAAAAGCUGCACACACACUUUCAAAAGUACCGGCGCCCGGUGCAAGAGGCAGCGCACAAUCACGCGUAACGACGAUCAUGAGAUUUCUUAUUCGGCAUUGUUUUCGUCCGUGUACCGCCGCAAGUCCCGCAGCUGGGCCAAGAUCAUCUUGACGUUCGUGCGCGCCAACUCGGCGUCUUUCUCGACCCCGUACGUGCUGCGGCCAUAACUGCGGUAAUCCUGCACCAAAUGCGCAUGCUUGGCCAAUUCUGUGUGGAUGCCGCCAACAAGAUGCAGGAAUUCUUCGGAUGUCUUUUGAAACUCGGCGUCGCGGCCUUCCGUCGUCACGUUCGCCAAAUGCUGCAUCGCAAUGCCUGCCUUCUCCACAGCCAGCACCAGUUGCUACGUGGACAUUAGACACCCGACAACUACACCAUUCUGCAUCUCCGUACGUCUUCUACUUGGUCCAAGGACUCGAGGAUCGCGGCAUUCCGCAAGGGUUGGUUCUCGAAGUGCACUCGGCCUUCCUCCAUUCCGAUGAUUUCUCCCAACAAUGAAUGGAAUUUCAGCAAAAUAGUGUAAUAAACUCACACUAAAUGCUGGUGUAAAUACUUUUAUUUUCG